CUCUGGAAAGUCAAUGCCGAGUUCCAUGGGUUUGACAGUUUCUGUACGACGAUGUAUUUACGAAACUUGUCCAGAAUUCCCAGGCAAUGUCUUGCCAACCUGCCUCGGCGGGCACCCGCCGCGCAGCGUUUCGCUUCGUCUUCAGCCUCUCCCUCUUCCGUCUUUGACUGGUCGGAUCCCCUCAUGUCCAAAGCCCUGCUGACAGAAGACGAACUGGCCAUUGCAGAUACUGCCGAGCGUUAUUGUCAGGAACACCUUCUACCUCGUGUUCUACAGGCCUAUCGCGACGAGCACUAUGAUAAGAAGAUACUGCAAGAGAUGGGAGAGCUGGGACUCCUGGGUGCGACGAUUGAUGGGUACGGCUGUGCCGGCGUGUCGACCGUCGCAGGCGGCCUGAUCACUCGAGCCGUCGAGAGGAUUGACAGCGGAUACCGCUCCGGAAUGUCGGUCCAGUCCUCCCUGGUUAUGGGAGGUAUAUACGAAUUUGGUUCGCAGGAGCAGAAGGAAAAAUACCUACCUGGAAUGGCAAAGGGAACCAUCCUGGGCGCGUUCGGCCUGACCGAGCCGAACCAUGGCAGCGAUCCAGGGUCUAUGGAGACCACGGCCAAGCCGCACCCCUCUAAGAAGGGAUACGUCUCCAUCUCCGGGUCUAAGACCUGGAUCACGAACUCGCCUAUUGCCGACGUGCUAUUGGUGUGGGCGAAAUUGCAGGAGACCGGCAAGAUCAGGGGCUUCCUGGUUGACCGCUCACAGUGCCCUCCAGGAACCCUCGAGACACCACCCAUCAAAAACAAGAACGGGUUGCGCGCCUCCAUCACCGGUAUGAUUCAGCUGGACGAGUGCCCGGUCCCGGAGGAGAACAUGUUUCCCGACAUCGAGGGUCUGAGGGGCCCUUUCUCCUGCCUCAACAGCGCCCGGUAUGGUAUCGCUCUCGGCGUCAUGGGGGCGCUCGAGGAUUGCAUCGCAAGAGCCAGGGAAUACGCGUUGGAAAGGACGCAGUUUAAGGGGAACCCGCUGGCGAAGUACCAGCUGGUGCAGAAGAAGCUGGCUGAUGCGAGCACCGAUGCCGCGUACGGCACGCUCGCCGCUAUCCAGGUCGGCCGUCUGAAGGAUCAGGGCAAAGCGACGCCGGAGAUGGUCAGCAUGGUGAAGCGGCAGAACUGCGACAAGGCGCUGCAAAACGCACGGGUGUUGCAGGAGAUCUUUGGGGGGAAUGCUGUGAGCGACGAGUAUGGUAUUGGCCGCCAUGUGGCCAACUUGUUUGUGACGCAGACGUAUGAGGGCCAAAGCGAUAUACACAGUCUGAUUCUUGGUCGAGCCAUCACCGGGAUCCAAGCCUUUGUUUGAAGGGAGGAGUGGAAAGGGUCCAAGUGGGGGCAUAUUCGACUUAAUUCGCCUCGCAGUGGGCUUGGCCUUCAUCAUAGCUUCCGUACCCCUCGCGGACGGUCUUUACACGUAGUUCAUCGACAUUCGCCGCCCGCCACCAUCGGGCUCAAGAUAGAUAGGGGUUCACACAAGAGUCAGGGUGCUAGGAGUACACAAAAGCUUGAAACUAAGGUAACCAAAGAGCCGUAAGGCCGAUAGAGACACUGGCCACGUUAAACGCAACGGCCGUUGUUUAUCGCCGACUUGGUCUUCCUUCACGACAUCUUCCUGAACCGCUGACCGCUCGAUGAGUUGAUGGGUGGUCGGGUCAAAAUUUUCCUUUCACACACAGACAAUAUGACUCAGUGGUUCCGCAAACACGGCGAAGCCCGUAAUCCGAAUAGGAGAAUUGUCAGUUAUAAGGGCAU